GAACACUGUAAGCCGCGUACACUGUUAUGGUUCAAGAGAACACUGUAAGCCGCGUACACGCACGUAUGGGUCUGUUGGGGAAUCCAUCAGAUUCUUACUAUGGCAAGACGAUCUCGCUCUCUUUGGCCAACUUCCUCGCAGAGGUGACCCUCACACCAUCAUCUCAAGUGGCCUUUGUGCCACAUCUGCUGCACGAUGGUGGACAGUAUACAGACCUGGAAGAGCUAAGGACGCGAAUUACGGGGGAAGGAUACUCAGGGGGCAUCAGACUAUUGAAGGCAAUCUGCAAGAAGUUUCUGGAGGCAUGCGAGCAGCGCCAGAUCAGGCUGCCAGCGGGAAAGAAUUUUACACUCAGCUAUGAGACAAACAUUCCGCGCCAGGCGGGCUUGUCAGGGUCCUCAGCCAUCGUCUGCGCAGCUUUGAAUUGCCUUCUAGACUUCUAUGGAGUUGCAGACAGAUUCCCAGUGCAUGAGCGGCCAAAUCUGGUGCUGAGUGCGGAAGAGGAGCUGGGCAUCACAGCGGGGCUGCAGGACAGAGUGGUGCAGGUCUUCGGCGGAGUUGUCUUCAUGGACUUUGAGCAGGGGCACAUGCAGGCACAUGGCCACGGCAGGUACGAGUCCCUGGACCCUGCGGUGCUCCCACGGCUGUGGCUGGUGUACGCGGCGGAGCCCAGCGACAGCGGAGCGGUGCACAGCGACAUCAGGCGGCGGUGGCAGCGCGGGGACGCUGACGUGGCGGCAGCAAUGACUACCUUUGCUGACAUCGCUCAGGCCGGCAGGCACGCGCUGGAGACAGGGGACCGGGCAGCGCUGGCGCGGCUGAUGGAUCAGAACUUUGACACCCGGCGGCGGCUGUUCGGCGAUUUGGUGCUUGGGGAAGUCAACCUGCGCAUGAUCCAGUGCGCACGCUCAGUCGGAGCUGCGGCCAAGUUCACUGGGAGCGGAGGAGCGAUUGUGGCAUUCUGCCCUCAGGGGGAGGGACAGGAGGACAGGUUGAGAGCUGCAUGCCAGAAGGAGGGCUUUGUGGUUGUGCAAGUGGAGAUCGGCGAGCAGUGCUUCCAGGCAACCUCUUCAUUAUAUCACAGGAAUCUGCAUUGAUACCGAAUGGUAUCUGUAUUGAUACCAGACGACAUCCAAGAAAAAUUGUAUGUUGUGGAAAUCACACAUGGCUUUGCUGCUUCAGUUUGUCACACGCUGGCAUUCGUACAAAGCCUAGUAGGUCAGGAACCUUGUCCCGAUUGUAUUGUCAAAAGCAUUUUCUGUACC